AUGGAUACUCAGGAAUUGCUAACACAGCUGUUGAGUAGUGUUCUGAGUCGUAUCUACGUGAAACUCCAGGUGCGGAGGCACAAGUCCAAGACCCGGGUUUUGAGAAGUACCACCAACCCGGUUUGGAAUGAGGAGUUUGUUUUCGGGGUGCAUGAUGUGAAUGAGGAGCUUGUGGUGUCUGUGUGUCACCAGGAUGAGGAGCAGUCUGGCUUGUUCUAUGGCGGGUCUGAGUUGGUGGGUCGGGUUUCGAUUCCGGUUUCGUCUGUUGCUGCUGAGAGUACUUGCACCUUGCCUCCGGCUUGGUAUGCUCUUGAAAGUCCCAGGACUGGGAAGUUCAUUAGCAAAGAUUGUGGGAAAAUUCUUCUCACCCUUUCUCUGCAUGAAAAAGGCCAUGAUGCUUCCAUUGAUUACCUUCUCAGUGAUCAUUCAAAUAUAAGCCUUGAGGAACCUAAUGAGGUGGACAGUCCAUUUAUGUCAACUCACAGUGUCUUUUCUUCCAAAUCUUUAUGUUCCAAGAUGCCAGGUGGUAUACAGUUGUUGAAGGCUAUUGUGAGACGUAUGGACAAGCUUAUGCAUAAGAACGAUGAAGCGUCAAAAACAGGUGAUUCUUCGGAGUUGUCUACUCCAGUAUCUGAUUAUGAAGAUUGUGUGGAGGAGCAUCAAAGUAGUUGUAGCUUUAAAGAGUCUCUUGAGAUGAUGCGGUCAAGAGGAAGCGAACAAAAACUGCCGGAGAAUCUGCUGGGAGGGAUUCUUAUUGAUCAGGCAUAUGCUGUUUCACAACAUGAUCUUAAUGCAUCUCUUUUUACCCCAAAUUCACAGUUUAGGACAGAUCUUGCAGAACUGCAGGGGACAACAGAUCUACAGGAGGGGCCUUGGACGUGGAAAUCCGGAGAGAUGCCAUGUUUGACACGAGUUGUUUCCUACACAAAAGCUGCCUCAAAGUUAGUUAAGGCUGCUAAGGCCACAGAGGAGCAAACGUAUAUCACAGCAGAUGGAAAGGAAUUUGCUGUAUUAAUCAGUGCGAGUACACCUGAUGUUCCAUAUGGAAAUUCAUUCAAGGUUGAGUUGCUUUACAAGAUAAUGUCUGGACCAGAGCUACCUUCAGCGGAACAAUCCUCCCGUCUGGUGGUAUCCUGGGACAUUAACUUUCUCCAGAACACAAUGAUGAAAGGCAUGAUUGAACGAGGAGUUCGACAGGGACUUGAGGAGAGUUUUGGUCAGUUUUCCAGCUUGCUGGCUCGGAAUUUCAAAACGCUGGAUUCAACAGACUUGUCUGACAAGGAUCAUAUCCUGGCAAGUACGAAGGCAGGGCAACAAUCAGAUUUGAAGUUGGCAACUGAAUACUUCUGGAAUUUCACUCUAGUUACCACUAUCUUUAUGGUUCUGUAUGUCCUGGUUCAUAUUCUACUUUGUGAGCCCAGUACACCCCAGGGCUUGGAAUUUAUCGGACUUGAUUUGCCACACAGUUUUGGAGAGCUCAUCACAUGUGGAAUUCUCAUCCUUCAGUUGGAGCGCGUUUAUAACAUGGUUUUACACUUUGUACAAGCUAGGUUGCAGAAAGGAAGUGAUAAUGGAGUCAAAGCACAAGGUGAUGGAUGGGUUCUUACUGUUGCUUUGAUUGAAGGGAACAGCUUAGCAUCCUUGCAUUCAUCAGGGUUCUCUGAUCCCUAUGUGGUUUUCACCUGCAAUGGUAAAACAAGAGCAAGCUCUGUCAAGCUUCAAACAAGUGAUCCUCAAUGGAACGAUAUACUUGAGUUUGAUGCUAUGGAAGAACCGCCAUCAGUUCUGGAUGUUGAAGUUUUUGAUUUUGAUGGCCCAUUUGACCGAGCUACAUCACUUGGACAUGCUGAGAUCAAUUUUCUUAAACACUCAGCUACCGAACUUGCAGAUUUGUGGGUCUCCCUUGACGGAAAGCUUGCCCAGUCUUCUCAAUCAAAGUUGCACGUCAGAAUCUUUUUGGACAAGAACAAAGGAGCUGAAACAAUUAGGGAGUAUAUGACCAAAAUGGAGAGGGAAGUUGGAAUGAAGUUGAAUCUGCGAUCGCCUCACAGGAAUUCAACAUUUCAGAAAUUGUUUGGGUUGCCACCAGAAGAAUUUCUUAUCAGUGAUUUUACAUGCUCCCUGAGGAGGAAAAUGCCUUUACAGGGCCGACUCUUUCUAUCUGCAAGGAUAGUUGGGUUUUACUCAAGCUUGUUUGGACACAAAACAAAAUUUUUCUUUCUUUGGGAGGAUAUUGAAGAUAUCCAAGUUCUUCCCCCAUCCUUAUCAUCUGUGGGAAGCCCCUUGCUGGCCAUUGUUCUAAAAAAGGAUCGAGGAAUUGAUGCAAGGCAUGGUGCAAGGUGUCAAGACGAUGAAGGCAGGCUGAAAUUUCAUUUCCAAUCAUUUUUAUCGUCUAAUUCAGCCAGCAGGACAAUAAUGGGCUUGUGGAGAACGAGAACACUUAGUGCUGACCAGAAAACACAAAUUGCUGAAGAACAUUUUGAUCAAGAAGACAUCCCCAUAAUGUUUGAAGACACUGAAUCCAUAUUCAAUCUUGAGGAUGCAAAGAUGUCCAAAGUUUAUACUGCAGAACUACCUAUUAACAUAAAAUCUCUGAUGGAAAUUUUCGAGGGAGGAAAGUUGGAGCAUAAAAUCAUGGGGAAAUCAUGCUGUCUUAACUAUGUAACUACCGCAUGGGAACCUACAAAAAAGCCGGAUGUCUUUGAACGACAUCUAUCUUACAGGUUCAACCGCCAGGUCUCAAUCUUUGGAGGAGAGGUUACAUGCAGACAAGAAAAGUCCCCCUUGGCAAACGGUGAAGGAUGGAUCGUGGAUGAAGUUAUGGCCCUGCAAGGCGUUCCAUUUGAGGAUCACUUUCGUGUUCAGCUCAGGUUCCGCAUCGAGAAAUCUGCCAUGGCUCAUAAUGCAUGUAAAUGCAAUGUUCAUGUCAGGGUCUUCUGGCUUAAAAGGACAAAGUUUCAGGACAGGGUCACACGCAACAUCGUAGGGAAAUUCGCCCAUCGACUCAAGGAAAUAUUCGAAUUCGUCAAGCAGGAGAUUCUCUUGGCACCGGGACCAGACGUUUCCCUUUGACACACACUCUUUAGCCUCACUAUCAUUCACAUUCAGAUAGAUCACAGAUUCUUUUGGUGCUUUCGGCCGGACAGCGAUACAAUAUCAGCAACGCAGUCCAAACCAGGAAAUGUACGUCCAAAUGUAGGACAUUUCGAUUUUUUUUUUUCUUAGAUUCUGCUUUCGUUAUAGGAAUAUCCUCCUAUAACGUUGUUUUUAUUAACGUAGAACAAGCAUUCUGAAAUUUAGUCGAAAGUCUAUAUUUCUACCGAAUCAAUAGACAUUUUUGACAAAAAUAAGGAGUAACUGUUGCUAAUAUUACUUUUUGCCGUCAAACGCCAUUACGAUUACGUCUCUCCUAUUAUCUUUUUGCCGCCCAAGUGUGAACAGCAGGACCACCAAAAAGUUGGAAUUUUGAACCCCAAAAAGUCGAGGGCUUGCGAAGACUUUGAAUCUUUAAAGUCUCUGAAUCAUCUUCUCCAACUUCAUUCUUCUCUGACCGCUCCUUCUGUGGAGCGAUGGCCUCCACAGCGGUCAUCGAUGUCCGCUAUUUCGGAACCUCUAAGGUUAGAGCUGCCGGCAGAGUGAGGCAUCUCAGUGCUCGUGUUGAUAACAAUGGCGAACUGGAUCUCGACAUGGGAGGAUUGCGGAGAGAAAUUCGCAGCCUUUGUGCCCUCCCACCCGCUGCUGACAUUACUCGUACAUUGAUGAAAACUACGAUGUAGUUACUCUUGUGGACGAUGAUGAUCUGCGGGAAGCAAUGAGGCAGCGUCUGGAACCCUUCAGGAUCGAUGUGCUGAUGAACGAUGACAAGGAAGACCGCGGUAAAAACUCAAGCUCCGAAAAAUGUCUCGUGACGGAUGCUGUAAAUGCGACAAGUGAUGUGAGUAAUAGCAAUGUGUUUGAUGAAUUCCAUCUGGCAAAUUAUGAUCACCCUGUUAGUCCUAGGGUUAAACAAUCUGAAGACGAAUGUGGUAUGAUGUGCGACGCAGGCAUUCGCUGUGGCGCCUGCAACGACAAGGUUGCGAAAUUGUGGUUAGCGGCGUUGGCCCUCGUAGUGUCAGUUUGGUUAUUAUCCCGGCGACAUGGAUCGGAGUGUUGAUUGCUUCUACUACACCUCCUCUGCAAGUGAGCUUGUUUUUGUGCUCAACUUAAAGAAAAUGGGAGGCCUUGUUGCUUUGUUUGGCUUGUGCAGCAAUUUUGAGUCUGCUGGCCAAUUAACAUAUAUAUUGGAAUAUAGAUAUAUAGCUUGUUCCUUUUCUUUUAUUUCUUUGUGAUAUGAGUUGAUUGUCUUCUUUGUAUUUUGCAAAUGCUCGUAAUUGCUUGAGUUGUAGAGCAAUUCGUGGAAAUGAUCAAAUGUUUACUUAUAGUUAUAAAAAUUAUUAAAGGCUAAAUCGCCAAAA